AUGCGCACGUGCGCGUGCGAUCUCUUGAUCUGUUCGAAGGUUCCAGCGGCAAAGAAGAAGAACUCCCAGACGGCUGCCAGCAUAGCGUUGCCAUCUCUGGCCACGAAGCGGAGGCGUAUGUCGUGGUUCACGAAGCAGUCCGAGCGAAGUGGCGUGGUGAUGAGGCAGAUGCAGGCUUCACUGAAGACGAAGCCCCGGGUAGCAAGGCUUUCCCACCGUGAGCAGGAAGAGGCUGUUAAGUCGGCCCCGGUGUCCGGGGGCCUCUUUCGCAACCUCCACAACGAGUACUCCGUCGCCGCGGUCAGAAAGAAUGUGGAAGACGGGCUCGAGUGGGAUCGUAUGGAGAGCCUCCGAGCUGAGAACCGAUGCAUGGACAUCGUGCGCAACCCGUGGUUUGAGCGCCUGACCAUGACCAUCAUCUUCUUGAACGCCGUGGAGAUGGCAAUUAAUGCGGAGCUCAACGAGUACACCGUCCUCACCGAUGCUGACCCCUUUUUCAUCGCUGCAGAGAUGUUCUUCUGCUUCUUUUUCACGGCCGAGCUGGUGAUGAGAUAUGCCACCUAUCUGACCACCUGCCAAGCAUUCAAAGACAUGUGGUUCUCCUUCGACUUCCUGCUGGUUAUACUCAUGAACUUCGAGACAUGGGUCUUUCCCAUCGUGCAAGUUAUUGGACAAGGAGGCGAAUCCCUGAGCACGGCCAAUGCUCUGCGGGUGGCGCGUGUACUUCGGGUUCUUCGAACCGCGCGCAUGGCCCGGCUGGUGAAGCUGAUGCCCGAGUUGAUGAUCCUUGUGAAGGGCAUGCUGGUCGCCUGCCGAUCUGUUUUCUUUACCUUGAUCCUGCUUCUCCUCAUCACCUUCGUUUUCAGUAUCACCUUCAUCGAGUUCAGCCGUGGAAACCCAACCCUGGAGACUCAUUACUUCUCUUCUAUGGGCAACUCGAUCAUGACGCUGAUCUUGAGAUGCAUUCUUCCAGAUCAGGAGGUGUUCAUCAACAGCAUUUCCAGUGAAAGCUGGCCGUUGGCGGCACUGCUAUUGCUCUUCAUUCUUCUUGGAUCAUUUACUGUCAUGAACAUGCUCUUGGGCGUCCUUGUGGAGGCUGUGAAAGCUGUUUCGACGAUCGAGAGAGAGCAAUUGGACGCAGACUUCGCCCGGAAAGUGCUGUGGGAGCUCAUCGACAAGGAAGGAGACGAGGAUGGAGACAACCUCCUCUCGGAGAAGGAGUUCGUGAACCUUUUGAAGAAGCCUAAGGCGGCCAAAGCAUUGAUGAGCCUAGGGGUGGAUACGACAGCGGCGUAUGAUUACGGGAAGCUUCUUUUCGAGGAUGGCGAGAAGGCAUCAUUUGUGGAUUUCAUGCAAGCUAUGCUGACCCUUCGUGGUUCCAAUAAGACCACGGUGAAGGACAUCGUCGAGCUGCGCAAGUUCUUGUCCGAAGAGUUCCACCAGGUAGAGACUCUGGUUUGCGAACUCUGCAACUUCCUUGCAGAUCAUCUGGAACCGCCCUCCACCUCCCACUAUGCCACGCCGAGGAAUGGUUUGUCACCAACAGAUGAUGAGUCACCGGAAGAUGCGCUUUCGUAA